GGCCAGCGGCCCCUUUAGCCUGAGGGGGGGCCGGGUGAGGGUGCGGGUUUGGCUGUACAGACACGUGCGCCGGGUCCUGGCGAUGGUUAAAGCGCCCACCCAGCAACAGCUCUGCGCGUAAAGGCCCAGGGCAGAGCGGUGCGCGCCUGCUAUAGACGCCUCGCUGGCCGGGGGGGUCCCCCGGGCUGGCUGAAUGACUCCGGGGCAGCUCUGCGUCCCGGGCCCGGCGGGGAGAGCCUGAGCCAGGAGCUGCUGCGCUUGGGCUCCGAUUUCCAGCUUCCGCCUUCGGAGAAGAGGCGCCCGCAAGGCCCCGCACCUGGCGCUUGUCUGGCCGCUGCCCGUUCCCACGCGCGCCGGCCAAUGGGCGGCUGGUGAGGCCGGCGCAACGCGGCGCAGCGCAGCCCGUGCGCCCCCGGGAGCGGAGCGCACGGGCCCGGCCGGCAGAGGCGAUGCGGCUGCUCUGCGGGGCUCUGCUCUGGCUCUUGGGGCUCUUGUGUGACCUGGGGAACAGCAGCUUCCUCCGGAGCCAUCUCCAUGCCUCCAGCUUCCUGCACCGCCGGCUAAGCGGCCGGGAGAAGCGGGAGAUGCAGCGGGAGAUCCUGUCCAUCCUCGGGCUGCCGGGCAGACCCCGACCCAAGGCCUCCGCCGGGGGCAAGCUGCCCUCCUCCGCUCCCCUCUUCAUGCUGGACCUGUACCACGCCAUGGCCAGGGAGGAGGAGGACGAAGAGGAAGAUCAGGUGGGCUGGGGCCGGGGGGUCUCCCGGCCCGUGCUGACCAGCUUGAGUAUCCAGACGCCUCCUUUGGGAAGAGUCAUCAGCCGGGCGGACACGGUCAUGAGCUUUGUCAACAUGGUUGAACAUGACAGAGACAUCUUCUACCAGAAGCCUUACUGGAAGGAAUUUCGAUUUGACCUGACCCAGAUUCCAACUGGAGAAUCUGUAACAGCUGCCGAGUUCCGAAUGUAUAAGCUGCGAAGUUUCACUCGUGAUGUCAACAAAACUCUUCACAUCAGCAUCUACGAGAUCAUGAAGGAGUAUUCCAACAGGGAAUCUGACUUGUUCCUAUUAGAUCUUCAGGAGCUCCAGGCCGGAGCUGAAGGCUGGUUGGUUUUUGAUGUCACAGCUGCCAGCAACCACUGGUUAGUAAACCGUAAACACAACCUGGGCCUGCGACUUUAUGUGGAGACCGAUGACGGGCAGAGCAUCGAUCCGGGCUCAGCAGGACUGCUGGGUCGGCGCGGGCCACGCUCCAAGCAACCUUUCAUGGUCACUUUUUUCCGGGCAAGCCAAAAUCCGGUCCGAGUUACUCGAGCCGUCAAGCAGCUAAAGAAGAGGCAGCCCAAGAAAACGAACGACUUACCGCAUCCAAACAAGCUUCCAGGGAUUUUUGAUGACAUUCAUGUCUCUGAAGGCAGACAGGUUUGCAGGAGGCAUGAACUGUAUGUCAGCUUUCAAGACCUCGGAUGGCUGGAUUGGGUGAUUGCACCACAAGGAUAUUCUGCUUUUUACUGCGAAGGAGAAUGUGCCUUUCCUCUGGAUUCCUGCAUGAAUGCAACCAAUCACGCCAUCCUGCAGUCACUAGUCCAUCUGAUGAAGCCUGAGGCUGUUCCCAAGGCCUGUUGUGCUCCCACCAAGCUCAGCGCAACCUCUGUCCUCUAUUAUGACAGCAACAACAACGUGAUCCUCAAAAAACACCGCAACAUGGUGGUGAAAUCAUGCGGCUGCCACUGAAGCCCCUGAGGAAAUGCGAUCGCUGGUUUCUUGGCGAGGAAAAAGAACUAUUUUAACAGGUCUGAAUCCCAUCUAUGGUGCCGAAGUCCAUAAGAGUCAAACACCUAGUUGUAGUUAAGACAAAACUUUUAUUCUCCUACUAUACUUCAUGAGACUAGAGACAGCAAAUCGGGGGCUGCUUAAGUCGCGUUGUGUUUCUGGCUAUUGGGUUUUGUUAUAGAACUGUGGCUAGCUGGCUCCUGGAUUAUUCAUUAUUACUGGAUAACGUUUAUACUGCACAAGUGACUAGGCCAAGGAAGGCAGGACUCGAGUUGCUUCUAAAUCUAUCAGUAGCUACUUACUUAAGUCCAAGUAUUAUGGUUUUAACAAGCACUUACAGCUCUCUAAAUGAAAACACGGUCAGCCAAUUAAAUAGCUGGCUAACGAACCCUCCCCUCCCAUUUAAAGUUCGAAAAUUCAUCCAAUUGGAAAAAAAUGUCGAGGUAGGCCACGGUUAUAAAAUCAACCCCAAGUUUGGAAAGUAAACACUUAAUGGUUGUAUUUAGUAAAUGUCACGACCCAGCAGCAUGGACACUAUUUCUCAGCGAAAGCCCCAGGGGUCUGCUAAAAUUGUACCUUUGCUUUAUGGGGGGUGGGGGUGGGGAAUCCAUUAUUGUGUGACAUCUUCAGGUCAUUUUGUUUUCUAUGGGCUAAUUCAUUUGAAGUGACGCAGAAACGAGGGUGUCGGGGCGAAAGACGUAAGGAAAGGAUCCCUUUAAUGUUGCCUUAUCCUAUGGAGACCGCGUUCUAGUACUUAGGUCUGCUGCUGUGCCUUAGUUUCCCCAUUUGUAAAAAUGGGGAUAAUGAUGCUCCCUUUUUUUUGGUAAAGCGCUUUGAGAUCUACAGGUGAAAAGUGCUAUAUAGGAAUUAGGGAAUAUCAUUCCCCUUCCUGCAUAGGAACAGCUAUACCUGCAUCCGCACUAGGGGGCAUUGUACUGCUUAAACCAAUGGUGUGCAAACUGGGGGAGGCACAAGAGGUUCUCUGGGGAGGGCCAAGAAACUGGGGUCCCACAGGUCCCACUGCCAUAAUAGCAGGAACAGGAUAAAAAUAGAUUGGGGCAGGUGCAGGAUUUAAAAAAAAAACAGUCCUCCUGCUCUGCAAACCACGUGAACGCCCCAGCCAGAAGUCACUGCUCUCUGGCCACCCAGCUCUGAAGGCAGUACCGCCGUCAGCAGCAGCACAGAAGUAAGGGUGGCAAUGGAGCACGGGGCGUGACAAAUUCUGUGCCUUCACUGCUAUUGUUACCUGUGCUAGGCUGAUUAAAGCUCCCCUGAGUAUGCCUAGCUGUGCUAUAAUCCCACCUUUACUGGCCAGCCUCUUAGAAGGGACUGACUCCCGCCCCAGGAAUUGCAUACUGAGCUAAAAUGUUCCCCCUAGAAAUCGGUUUCCCCUGUACCUGGGAAAGCAGAGGUGUGGAGCAGGAAAAGCAUUCUUUGCUCGCCAGCUCUCCUUUUUAUGCGAAUUGAAUGUGCCAAUCUUAUUUCAGAGCCUUGGCGGGGGAGGGCAGUAAUAUCAUUUAUUGGCCCCCGGUCUGUGGGUGACAGAGACAAGCUUUCAAGCUACACAGAGCUCUUCCUCGGGUCUGGAAACGGUACUGAGCGUGUCACAGCUCCCUCCAAGCUCGAAUUGCUAGUUUAGCAGACGUAGUUCGCUUGCCGCAGCACACACCCUAGAGAUGGUGUCUUUUAUUCACCUUCCUCAGCAGUUCAGAGAAGAAUUCUUCAGUGUAUCUGUCAAAGGGCCUAACAAAUGCUGAGCACCCACAAUCCUCCCGACGUCUGACUGUGUUGCCAAUUGUCCUGCUUUUUAUUGCAAGUCUCACGCUAGCUGCGAUGUUCCUUAAAGCGCCAGCUCCCAGAAUCAUGGGAGGAUCUCAACUUUUGUUCAAAAGUGCCUAGAGUUAGGGGCCGGGCUUGUCCAGGUGCCCCACUGCAGCAUCAAUCUUUGCACAGCCAGGGGGAUGCCUUUAUGAAGUGCGUUCAGCAUUAGCCACUCCAGUCAAAGUGUUGAUGCUUAUGUGGCUAUUAUGUCAAUAAUAAUUUUUAUAAUCUAAAUGUUUGCUACCUGAACACUCAGUGGUUUCUGCAUUUUUUUUCUCCUUGAACUUGCUAUUUCUUUCUUAACUCUGCCAGAGCUGAAGGGAUAGCUUAUUACGUUUACCCAUGGCAGAGAAUGGCGAUCCCAUUAAACUACAGAGGAGUGGGUUGACGUUUCCAUUAAGAUGUUCUGGUGAUGGUUUUAUAUUUUACAUGAGGUGCAGUGGAUAGGUGUGGAACGGACAGGGACUUAGUGCCCUCUGCUGGUGGAACUUGGACACUACAGAGUCCUGGAGGGUCAAAUGACACAAAAAAUAAGCAGACUGGUUUGGGGUGGAUUUAAAAAACAAAAACAAAAACCCACACCAAACCAAUUCUCAGCUUCCCCCAUCUCAUGGCGGAACCGACCCAAGCCCUUUCUUGGGGAAGGGGAUUGUCAGUGCUGCUGCUCUGCCUCUAGGGCCUCAAACCCCUGCUUGUUCUGCUACGAGGGGUCAAUGGACUCAAGGCUCCACACCCGGGCAGAGGAUGGUUUGAGGUACCUGGGGGUGACGCAACAGACUAGGUGCUUGUUGCAUCCGUAUUCCCUCCGGCUGCCCCAGCUUUCCCCUCAGAACCAGAACUGGACGUUACUGCUAAUUCAAGCAGUAGUAACUGCUGCUGGGAUUGUCCAUGGAUGGUUCCAUGCAGCCCCAAUGUGACUUGGCCCACAGGCGCCUAGUGCCUGAGGCGGGGGUGAGCCAGCAGCCUGCUCCGUGGCCCUGUGGCUUCCCUCUGUGAGCCAACAGCUGCUCUAACUCACCUCUCACCAGGCCAUCUGCUGAACUCUGAAAGAUGCUGAAUUCUCUGGACCUCUUCUAAUGCUCCUGCUUGUACAGCCACAGGGCUGCAUGAUUUAACCCGAAGAACAGCAGCACCCCUCUCCCUGUGCAGGAAAACACCCUUGCUACAGGGUCCUGCCAUAAACAUUAUAAGUAAAUUGUAACCAACAAUCCUGUUUCAGGGCUUGAGCACAGUAGUAGAGAGGAGGUUGAGCCCUCAGUGGGGGGACAAAUUAUUCUCCUGUCUACUCGCCUAUAAUCCUAAAAUUAUCUUUCAUCUCAAUCCUCAGUACUCGCUCUUGUUGCAGACAGGUACUGGAUUAGCUAGCCUCAGGGUCCGAUCCAGUCGGACAACGCAUAGUAUCCUAAAACUUUAUUCUUAUGUUCCACAAAAUUCGAGUAUGAAGCUUUGUAAAUGCCUAUUUUUCUCAAACAACCCAAUUAACUAUGGUUAAGGGAUCACCUAGUGAUUGGGGCAGUGAACAAAACAUGAUUACGUACAACUGCUUUAAAACAAAAUGGUGAGUCAUUAUUAUACAUCAACAGAAUUGAGAUAAGAAAUCAUCAAUUGAGGAACGGCUAGGUGCUUUUAGUACUGCAUCGUCUUUCCUUUGAAAAACCAGUUACCCACGUAGGCUUAGAACUGUCAUAUUUAUGGGGGGGAGGGAAAGUAUUGUGUUCAUAUGAAAAAUUAUUUGUGAUCAUGCUCGAUUCUAAAUGAAAAGAUUAAAAAACAAACAUUAUUUUA